AUGCUUGUUGACCAAAUCUUGACGGAGAUUAAGGACAAACAAUAUCUUAAAUGGCCCAGGCCCUUACACUCGUCACCCAGUGUGCGCGAUAAAAGGAAAUACUGCCGUUUUCAGAAAGACCACAGGCAUUACACAGAGGACUACCGAGACUUGAAGGAGCAGAUAGAAGAACUUAUACGGAAAGGGAAACUUCAGAAAUACGUGAAAAUGGGAGAUUCAAGCAGGUAUAGGGACGACAAGAAGGAUCAACACAAAGGCUCUCAGAGAAACGAGGAUCACCUACUGCCUCGUCCACAAAGUGCAAUAGGGGAGAUAAAAACCAUUAUGGGAGGACCAUCCACGGGAGGGUCGUUCAGGUCCCUCAAGAAAUCUUACCAAAGGCAAGUGAACAGUGUUUAUAGCCUGCCUCCCCUGAAGCAAAGACAGACGAACCAAGACAUGUAUUUCUCAGAAGAAGAUGCCAGAGGGGUAAAGCAAUCUCAUGAUGACCCACUAGUCAUUAUAAUCAUGAUUGAGGGAUUCAACACCAAAAGGGUUUUGGUAGACAACGAGAGCUCAGCAGACAUUAUUUACCUUUCUGCCUUCCAACAAUUAAAAGUAGACCCGAAGAGACUUCGUCCUUUUGAAUCCCCCCUUGUCAGUUUCAGUGGAGACAAGGUGUACCCUCGGGGAAUACUAACAUUGACUGUCACGGCCGGCUCUUACCCCCUCCAGGUGAAGUCUCCAAUAGAACAGGGAGUCGGAGAGAUAAGAGGAGACCAGGUGUUGGCAAAGGAGUGUUACCAGGCAGUCUUGGUCUCAAAAGAGAACCACACGUGGACAAUCGAAGAUAAGACACUAGAAAUCAUCGAGAAGUUAGAAAUGAUAGAGUUGGUCGAAGGAGAUCCUGCAAAGACGACCUAA